UGCCAUGAAAUACAUUGCCCAGUUGACAUCUAGCACAGUUUCUGAACAUAUUACUGUAUCAUUUUUAACCACUGUCAACUUGAUGUUUUACCGAAACUACAAUAGUAAAUAGUAACAAAAUUUAAGUGUUCGGAUUUGGUAUGAUGUGCGAUAUGAAUUAUUCUAAAUUCAGUGAUUUAAUAGCAAAAUUGGAAGUGGAUGAAGCAGAGAAUCCAGAUUUUGAUGUCGGCCUUUACAUACGACUGAUGGCAUUGUACAUGUACGAGGAUAACUUGCAUGCUGCAAAUUUUCUUUGGAAACGUAUUCCAGAACCAAUCAAAGAAAAUGAAGAUUUGCAGCGUACUUAUCUCAUGUUAGUGAGCCUUCUUAGUGGUAAUACAGGUGAAUUUUUUAAAACUGUAACACAUGCUUGGACACCUGAUUUAGCGAAUAUCAUGGAAGAUUUGUUAAUUAAAAAGCGAGAAAAUGUUUUUAAAUUGAUUUCACGCUCCUAUAAUGGAAUUUACGAACAAAAUUUAAUGGAACUUGUACAAAUGCCACGUGAUAGACUGAACGAAACCUGCAAUGCACUUGGUUGGGUAUAUGAAAGAGAAGGGCAACAGUUUAUCAUACGGCCAAAAGUAAUGCCCAGUGUCCACACCGAUUAUAGCGAUACAUAUGAUCGUUUCUAUUAUCUCACAGAAUUUGUUUCAUAUUUAGAAAAUUAAGAUCAUUUUUAUAAGUUUGAAAUGCUAAAGUAAAUGUUUGUUUAUAUAUAAUAUUUUAUUUUAAAAC